AUGUCAGCAAGUGAGAAUAUUUAUGAACAAGAUAAACUUGUUCAACAAUAUCUUUUAUUCCAUUAUGGUAAACCGAAUGAAUUAUUUGAAUGGUCAAGCGUAAUUGAUGGUAUUACCUCAUCAAAUAGUCUCAAUUUUCCGGUACAAACAGCUGAAUUAGCCAUUAAACAUUUCAAAUUACCAAAAGAUAAUGCUCCUACUCGUGUUUUGGAUAUUGGAUGUGCUGUUGGCCGUUCGUCAUUUGAAUUAUCUGUCAAAUUUGAUCAGGUAUUAGGCAUUGAUUAUAGUCAAAAAUUUAUUGAUGCUGCUUUAAAAUUAAAACAACAUUCUCAAAUUAAAUAUGAUUUUCAAGUCGAAGGUGAUAUUCGACAAAAAACGAUUGCACAUGUUCCAGAAUAUGCCAAAAAAGAUCGCGUUCAAUUUGAACAUGGUGAUGCUUGUAAUUUGCCACUGAAAGACCUUGGCCAAUUUGAUUGUGUUCAUGCAGCAAAUCUCAUCUGUCGAUUACCGACUCCAAAGAAAUUCUUAACUGAUGUUAAGCAAAUUCUUAAAAAAGAUGGUAUUUUAGUGAUUACAUCACCUUAUUCUUGGUUUGAAACAUUUACACCAAAAGUAGGUUAA